AUGCAUUUGUUUAUAGACGUUUUAAUCUGGGAAGGAGAAAAUAUUAUAUCUACUCAAAGGAGCAGUGAAGCAGCUAAUUUAUUAAAAGUUAAACUCUGUGACAUUCCGCUGUUAUUGAUUUAUGGAACAACAAAUUAUGAACUUCGUGGUGCUGUCUGUUUUCAUCGUGUUAAGAGUGGUUUAAGGACUUCAAUUAGGCACUAUACGGCAUAUGUAAAAAGAAGUAGUGGUCGUCAAUGGGAACUUAUCGAUGAUAUGAAAAAAAAACCAGUUCCAGUUAAGGACACAACAACAAUAAUGUGUGAAUUUUUGGUUUAUACAGUUUGA